AUGGUAUACCGAGCAAUCACAAGUGCAUACUACAGAGGAGCUGUAGGGGCUUUACUUGUCUACGACGUGACAAGGCAAGCGACGUUUGAGAAUGCAGCGAGAUGGCUAAGGGAGCUAAGGGGACACACCGACCCAAACAUAGUGGUGAUGAUUAUAGGGAACAAGUGCGAUUUGCGCCACUUAGUGGCAGUCAAGACAGAGGAUGCUAAAGCCUUCGCCGAGAGAGAAUCUCUCUACUUCAUGGAGACAUCGGCUCUAGAUGCAACCAAUGUUGAAAACGCCUUCACUGAAGUGCUCACUCAGAUUCACAAGAUUGUGAGCAAAAGAAGCGUGGAUGGAUCCAACAGAGAAGCAGGAUCUUCGUCUGAUCUGCCAAAGAAAGGGGAGACGAUAAACGUCAAAGAAGACGGGUCGGUUCUUAAGAGAAUGGGUUGCUGCUCUAACUAG